CUCUAAGGCGUAAAUCGAAUUACAUAGCGAUAACCGGGCAUGUUAAGCGUCCUCAUUAAUAUUAUGAUGAAUAUUUAUCGGUCAAAAAGAGAAAGGAAACUAUAUAAGAAGUGAAUACACAGGACGGGUGUGAAUGAAUACGACGUAGCGCGGCUCCUUGCUCGUACCUUCAUUGUACGUAUCUAUCUUCUAUGAUUACCGAUAAUUUCAAGCUCGAUGCAUUGAUAUCGACGACAAUGGAUAUUAUCCGUUUUUUCCAAUGUGAAUAACGAUAACGAUAGGAUUUUCUUUGAGGUCGUUGUAAUCUAUAACCGAGAUUUUUGUGCGUCAUUCCAAGUAACUCCAUAAAAUUUUCACGUCUUUUUUUUUUGUUCGCGUCCGGAUUUCGAAACCAGUUUCUUUUUUUUUCUUUCCUUUUAUCCACAACUUUCUCGUACUGUUCCGUUCGAAAUUUCAUGUCGCGCGUUCCUACACCAACCACCAUCCGGCGACCCGCUUUCAAUGGCUUCGUCGUCAUCAAAUUAUUGUACCUACGAGAUAUAUAAGAAACAUAGAAUUUUGCCUCUUUCGAUCUUUAGCUUCAAUACUUGAUUGACGACCUUUCGCACGACUUUUGCUUUUUCUUCCGCGCUACCCCCUCCUUUUCUCUAAUCUUUUCUCAAAUGACAGCCAAGUGUCGUAUUUUUUAAAAGAAAAUGUUGACAGGUCAUAACGACGAGUUUCUUACGUACGUAACGACGUACUCUCUUGCAUCGACGAAUGCAUUAAAUCGUGCGCCUCAUUAACAGGACGUUGACAUUUACUCGAGUAAACAUCGUCCUGAAUCACCGAUAACGUUGUUCCGCCUAUCGAUUAACGAUAAUACUUUUGUAAUUUUUAUCUCGUCCGAUUAAGAUCUUAAGUUUCUCCUUCGGGUACACAUGAAUCGAACAGUUUUAUUUUACAAAAAUAAUAUCGAGUAAGAAGAAGAAAAAUGUAGCUUGGAAGAAAAAAAAGUGAAAGAUAAAGAAUUUUUUAUUCUACACAUAUUUUCUUUUUCUACGUUCUAUCGUUCGAUCAUCAUCGAGUAUUAUCUUGGAAGAUGGAUUAAAGUUCGUCAUUUAGAUUUUUUAUUAGUCCUAAUGUACCGUAAGAGAUCAUAAAUAAAUAAAUAAAUAAAUAAAUAAAUGAAAUUAAUCUCUGAUCGGAAAUCAAAUCAGGAAUGAAAGGAUCAUCGUCGAUUUAGGAAGGUGACCAAAUUCUCGUUCUCUCCGGUCCGGGAGAGAGAAAGAGAGAUAGACAAACAGAGAGAGACAGAGAGACAGAGAGACAGAGAGAGAGAGAGAGAGAGAGAGAGAGAGAGAGAGAGAGAGAGAGAGAGAGAGAGAGAGAGAGAGAGAGUAUCGGCAAGACCAAGAGCAAGACCAAGAUCAAGAGCAAGAGCGAGAGCGAGAGCAAGAGUAGUAAGAGUAGCUGCCGGUAGUAGAGGUUCGUGUAAGAAGUAUAAUCUUCGUUACAUCGAUAAGAGGAGACGCGAUACCGUCGGUCGAGCCGAGGUCUCUUACGAGAGCCGAGCACUCCCCCGAAGCAGCAACUUGCUCCUCCUCGUUAGCUCGUCGUUGUCCAAUAUAUAAGUGAACCGUCGAUUGACAGUACGUACAGUCUACGUUUUGCCGUGUUUCUCUCGUUCAUGCGGAUUUACGCGCGCUCACAUUGUAGCGUACACGCAACUAGCGCGGUCGCUCGCGGCGGUUUUCUUCGAUAGGGUCGAUACAUUUUUCGAUUCUCGUCGAUGAUCCUCGAAUUCCAUUCUUCCACAAUUCCAUUCUUAUACGUACGCUCGACGUACGCGGAAAGCUCUUUGAAAAGAUAAAGAUGGGUGUCCUUCGACUCGUCAACCCUCGAUUCGCACGAUUAUCUCUUUCAAUUAAUCUUUCCGUUUCUUUCUUCGCCUUUCUUAUAUUUAUUUUCACGAUAGUUUUGAACGUACAAGCAGGUCUCUCGAUCAAACCAGAAACUGUCCUUUUAAACGUUUUCACGCAGCCCUUUAAGCCUACCAAAUGGAGUACCAACGAGUGUCAGCGAGACAGCGCCAUCUACUUGGAGGAACUCGCGCGUUACACACCGUGGGCUUUGAAGAUGUACGACGCAUCUGUCAAAAUCCCAUCUGGUAUCAUUACUGGAAAUUAUAAACAGUUGGGCAAUUACGACGAAUGUCUGCAGGUUAAGAGCGAUCACGGAAUUUCCGGUCAGUCUUGUAGUGCCACCAUACAAUUCGAAGUAGCCGAGGAUAAUGGUGCAUCCAGAGAAUUGGACUUUGGUGACUUGCUUGUGAACGUUGCCGUCGCAUCUAAUGCAACAAAAUGGCGCUCGGGCAAUACGAUCAUUUACGAAUGGAUGUGGUGCGUACCAUCGAGUUGCAAUCAUUCCGAAGUACAAGAGUUCUUGGAAAUCAUUUUGGAUCCUUUAAAAGUCGAAGGUCGUGUCGAUUUCGUUAUAAACGUUCCAAUCAAGUCCUGUCGUACUUUGGAAACCGAACAAACAACGUUCGAUCCGUCCGAUUGGAUUUACAUAUCGAUUCUCGUUAUCUUUUCGCUGAUCAUUAUCGCUAGCACGACUUUCGAUAUCGCACGUAGAGGACAUUCGAGUACAUUGAAUCCAAAAGCGAGAUCUCACGUGUUUCUUUCAGGUAAAGAAUAUAUUUUAUUCAGCAGCUUCUCCUUUUAUACGAAUUGCAAGAAUCUUUUCAAUACCGACAGACAUCAAGAUUCCAUCGCUUGUUUGGACGGAUUGCGUUUUCUAAGUAUAUGCUGGAUCAUUUACGGUCAUACUUAUUACAUGGAGGUCAUGGGUAUUAAUAUGGAUCUGACGCAAGUUCCAAAGAUGCACGAAAGUUGGAGUAAGAUGUUGGUACUGAAUGGAAACAUGGUCACUGACACGUUUUUCCUUCUCAGCGGAGUUCUCCUUGCAUACAACGAAAUAAUAAAAAAGGAAAAAAUUUCUAACUGGAAGUUGGACAUUAUCAGUCUUUAUCUUCAUCGUUAUUCAAGGUUAACACCGGCGUACGCAAUGAUGAUCGGCUUUUAUGCCACUAUAUAUAGCAAAUUCGGAAGUGGUCCACAUUGGGACGCCUGGGUCAGUUCAAAUCGAGAUUAUUGCCGUGAAAAUUGGUGGACCAAUCUUCUCUACGUUAACAACUACGUCAACGUUUCUGACAUGUGCAUGUCCCAAUCAUGGUAUCUGGCCACAGACAUGCAAUUGAUCUGGUUAUCCCCGAUCUUCCUUUACCCGAUGCUCAAGCCAGCUCGAAGAAUAUUUUUCUGGAUCGUCAUUGUUUUUGCCUUUGUAUUAUCGAUGAUCCUACCAUUCGCUGUAACUUUUAUCCAUCGAUAUACUGCGACAAUGUUCUAUUAUAAGGAACAACAGGACGUGGCCAACGUAUUCUUAUACGUUUACACGAGAGUUUACACUAGAGCCGGGCCUUAUAUAAUCGGUCUAGCACUUGGCUAUCUAUUGGCCAAAAGACGUUCUUACGAUGUUAAAUUACGUAAGCCCUAUAUAGUGUCCGGAUGGUUGAUCGCCAUUGCUGUAGGAUUGUCAGCCGUUCUUGGAGCACGAGAGAUGUAUUUCGAUAAGCACCCUUACAACAGAUUGGAGGCUAGCUUCUACGCCGGCAUGCACAGACACGCGUUCGCUCUUGCCGUAUCUUGGAUCAUAUUCUCAAGUGUCUAUGGAUAUGCAGGUGAAUCGAUUUGCGAAGGUCCACUCGGAGAAUUCCUUUCUUGGCGAGGCUGGACACCUCUGAGCAGAUUGACUUACAGCGCUUACCUUUGUCAUUACGUCUUUCUAUUGUCCCGAGCCGGAAGUGUGCGCACCACCGGCGAUUUAACUUCGAUGAGCGUGAUGUACGCUUUCCUCGGUAAUCUAUCUUUCACUAUGGCGCUUUCUGUACUCUGGAGUCUUUCCUUUGAGAUACCUUUCAUGAUACUAGAUCGAACGUAUCUAUCUCGCAAGAAGAAAACAUCUUGCUUCCUUUCGAAGGAUGAUAGCGCGAAAGUGUUCGGUUCGACGGACUCGAAGAAGGAAAUAUACAGGACAAUAGAGGAUUCUUCGUCGUCUACAGUGGCCGAGAUUUAUAAGAAUGUUACGAACAGUGAUAACAUUCGUUCCAUCUGUGACUCGGAGGAGACCGUCGAUUAUUACGUAAUCGACCAAGAGGAAAGGAACAAAGGGGCGAUUUCAUCCGAAGGUAAUACCGAAGGUCUUGCGAGCGUCAAGAAGAUUGUUUACGAAUCAACGGGACUGAGAAUUUACAAAGGAAGACAGAUCGGGUCGUUAAAAAAUGAUUUAAGCACAGAUCUUCUCGGAAGGAAAUACUCCUUUUUUUUCCUCUUCUUCUUCUCCUCCUCCCACGUAGUAUUGUGUUUAUGUAUCCGACACGUACGAAGAUGCGUUACAUUUUCGACUUUACAUCGCAUAUCGUUUUCCUCUUUCUUAGCAGCUUCUUCGGCUACCGAAGAACCGUCGGUCGUCGGCGUUUCUUGUAAUACGAUACCUUUUAAAUUUUUAUUAACCCAAAUUAGGGAUACGUUUGCUCAGAUACGUAACAACGAGCUACUGUGCAUUCUUUGAGAUCUUAAGGAUUCUUCUGUUUUUAUUACUUUCGAUACGAAAUAUGACCAUUGUCGUAUUUCUUUUUCUAUGCAACUAUUUCGUCUUAAAUUCUAAUAAUGUCAAAUAUUCGUCUAUGCUCAUCGAUGAUGAUUAUUUGAAAAAGUUCAAUUGUUACAAAUUUCUAAAGUUCUUUCUAAGAUGGCACGUGCGUGGAGCAGACACGGUCCGUUCGUUUUAUGAAUGAACACCGGGUUACGACAGAGCGAAGGAAAGAUCGUAGUAAGCAAAAUCCAAAAGGGAGAAGUUGGUGGCGGUGACGAUGGUAGUAGUAGUAGUAGUUGUAAUAGUAGUAGUAGCCUGGCCUUUCUUAACGAGCCUGCGGUAGCUUAUGAUAUACAGAAGACACGUGCACGUAGCCGAGUAUUUACAUCCCCUUUGGUUCGUCGCACCGGAACGGAAGACUGAAACAGAAGGCUCAAGCUUUGAACGGAAGAAGAAGAAGAAGAAGAAGAAGAACCAAGCCUCUUCGAUAACUGCUUCCUUUCUUGAUGAACUCAACUUUCGAGUUGGUUACUUUCACAAAUGAUAAUCCUCGUUUCCGUUUUGAUCUAAGUUUUCAUUUACUUUUGAUAUAAGAAAGCAUCUUUUAAGGGAAUUUACAAAAAGAUCUGUUUAUAUUGAUAUUAGCAUAAAGAGAAGAUUUAAAAGAGAGGAAAAGAGAGAGAGAGAGAGAAAGAGAGAGAGAGAAAUUUUUCGUCAAAAGAAAUUAACCGAGCUCGGAUCAACGAUCAACGCGCUUAUAUAUCUUCUACGUUUGGUUUCGCUAUAAGGACGACGGCUUAUUUAGAAGAAUAUUAUUCUUCUCAGAUUUGAUCACUUACUAACAAUUGUCUCGAUUAGUUCAUCAUCACGCGGUAUAUUUUUUUUCCUUUUUGGCUGCCUCUCAAAUUUGUUUUCUCUCGACUUUCUCGAUAUCGAAGAGCAACAACAUCGAGUCGACUACGUUCGCGUUUCUAUAGAAGCCUCCAUUAAUACUCGGUAACGCAAUAAACUAUAUUUAGGGGGCGGCAUGGCGUACGCGCGGUAUGAUUUGAUAUCUCGUGAAACGCCACAUGGCCCCCUGAAUUUCUCCCUUCGCUUCUUGCUUCUUUCUUUCUCUCUCUCUCUCUCUCUCUCUCUCUCUCUCUCUCUCUCUCUCUCUCACGGAUUUUACCGUUUACUUCGGUCUCCUGACUCCUCCUCGGUUCUCCGUUAAGUAAUUAAUUUUUUAAUCGACCGCCGAAGAAAUGCGUUAUGAUAUCGACUACCUUUUUUUAUCGCUAGCUCAUGCACGAAAGAAAGAGAGACGUAUAUAAAUCGAUAAAAAUUCCAAAAUAGUAGUAGAUAAGCUCUUUUACAUUUCACAAAUACUAUUAUUAAUUAAGAAAUCAAUGAAAGAAACAUCCGUUUUUUGUCAAAUAUCGUAGUUAAGGAGAAAGUUAGAAUUGAGAGAAAGAAGAAAAAGGGAGAAGGAAGCACGUGUCAUCGACGGAAAAAUAAAUAAAUUUCGGUAGCUGUGCAGAGAGAAAGCACAGAAACAUGGAACAUUGAAAGAGCGCGCGCGCGUGUGUGUGCGAGAGAGAGAGAGAGAGAGAGCGUAGUCAAACCUCCUGUUUGCGUCUAUCGGUGCUGCUAUUCGAGAAGGAAAAAAUGGCCUACUUAACGGCGAGAAUAAUAAUUAGUCAAGGUGUCGAUGUAUCGUUAGACUUCCGGAAACGACGAGCCACGAGACCGGCACGCGUGCUUUGUGUAUUCCUUCGAUAAACAUAUUUUUCCCUAAACAUUCUCCAACGUCAUAGCAAACGAGUGACCUAAUUAUUAGUACGUUAAAAUAUUCAUUGAUUCUUCUAAUUAUCAGGACCAAUAGGCGAUCCUGAUAAACAUAACAAUAUUUAUACGAGCCAAUGAGUUGUUUCGAUUGUUAUUAAUUAAUUAUAUAAUAACAUACAAAGAAAAUUUCGUUCUCGGUUCUCGCAGAGAAUGUAGGAAUGAAAAGAAGAACAUUAUAAAUCAUGCUGGAAUGGUU